UUAGGUUAUGAGAGUGGUGGGGAGAAGCUAUGUGUAUUUCGUAGAUUCUCUACUCUAUGGGCCGGGUAAUUUGUCUGUCUGUUGUGUGCACUCUGCGGGGACGAACUCUUUUGUUUAAGUACUUUAUUAAUAACUACAUGAUUAUACUAUAAAGAGUCAUUAGAUUAAAAUCACUCAAUAUAUAAACUCGUCUCAAUAUAUUUUGCUCAGUAUCAAUCCAGAUUUCCUGUAAAAACUACCGCUUUAGUGAAUUUCAUAUUAUUGUGUGUGUGUGUGUAAAAUUUUCUUAAAGAAGGAAUCAAACAUGGGCGCAGAGGAAAGCAAAGCGAAACAGCCACAAAUGAGUGUUUCUGACGUCCAGCACAUCCUCGACCAACAACGACAGCAAUUCGAGAAGAAACUUCAAGAGGAACUGGCGAAGCAAAGAGCUGAACAAGCCAAGGAGCAAAUCUCUAAGCAACGAGCCGAACAGAGCUCUAUGCCCUCGGCUGCAACCGCAAGCACGUCGGGAGUUUCUCAGCAACAAGCCGUACCAUCAGCACCACAGCAGCUAUACCCUAACCUGAACCAAACGCCAAUAAACACGGCCAUUAACCAUUACCACACACCAACCAAUCCCGUUCAUGUUAAUCAGCCCCAUCCCUUUAUACAACCUAACCCCAUGUUCCAACCCCAUCCCUUAAACCAACCCCAUCCCUUAAACCAACCCUAUCCCUUAAACCAACCCCAUCCUUUUAACAAACCCCAUCCCUUUAACCAACCCCGUCCUAGGAACCCACGCAAUUAUCACAAUUCCUGUCAAAACCGAGGGACGUCGACGCCACCGCCAGCGCCGCAAAAUUACGUCUUUGACAACGCCCCUGGACAAAGACCAGCCCCAUCAGCACCGUUGGAACCGUCAACUCCUGCAGCUCCAUGGCGUGGCCCCAGAAACCGCUCGAAUAGCAGGCCUCGCAAUAAUCAGGAACGGGGCAUCUAUGACUGCAUCACGUGUAACCAAAGAUAUGGAUUGAAAAUAUUCCAAUGUCCGAAUGGACACAGCGUCUGCAACGAUUGUAAGGUCACAGGGCGGCCAUGUGGUAUUUGUGGACAACCACCUUCUGACGUCAGGAAUUUUGAGAUAGAGAAUCAUAUUGCUCAGACCACAGUACCCUGUCCUAACCAAAAUGAAGGAUGUACACAACAGAUCAAACUGUUGACCAUGGAGAAUCAUUUGAAAAAUUGCACCUAUAGGGAGCAACAGUGCCCUCUCUCCGCCAUCUUUGGGGAAUGCCGCUGGAAGGGUAAACUGAGUGACUUGUCAAGUCACUUUGACGAAAUGCACUCUUCGAACCGCGGGUUUGACGUAGACAAGGAGUUUUAUCUAAAAGAUGUCCAUAAUUCCAGCCAAAUGGUACAUCUCGUCGUGAUUGGUGUAAAUAACUUCUUAUGCCACAUGAAAGUGUCUGAACCAGACGGCAAGAUCUUCAUGGCCGUCCAACUCUUGGGCAAUAAGAUGAACGCCAAGAAGUGGUCGUAUGAGAUUCAUAUAUAUCAGAAAAGUAAACCUCGCAGGAAGUAUAUGUACACCGACACUUGUUUACCAGCCAGUGCCAAUAUAGAAGACAUAUUCAAAGCUGGUAGCUGCGCCACGCUGCCGAUAUUCUACGCUGCAACAUUUGCCGAUACGGAAGGGAUGGCCUUCAAAUUGUUCAUUACAAAUCCUUAUGUGAAUAAGAACGAGGAAAGUGUGAAUAGAAAUAACAACGGUAAUAACUUUAACCAACGCGGUAGGGGUAGGAAUUAUUAUAAUCAUUAUAAUAAUUAUUAGAUGAGUCGUCAUGCUUAAUAGAAAGGAUACUUUUAAAUGUUUUUCUUUCUUAUAAGAAGAAUAAAUCAUUACUAAUUUGAAAAAAAGUUGUUUCUAACUGGUUUUUACUUCCCGUUUAACUAACAUAUAUAAGGAUUGUGUGCCUUAUGUCAUCAAAAUACAUUUCUUAUGUAUAAUGCAUAAAUCGGGCAAAGUUUAAUUAUAAACUUGGACACAUUAUUUCAUAGUCGUUGGUGUUACAAAUAGCCUUAAAUAAGUUUAUUUUUAUUUUUGAAACACCAAAUAGUGUUGCCAGGUAGGGUUUACCACUGGCUUGUCUUGGUAUUAUUCAAGCAUUUGUUUCUUUGAAUGUUUGCCAUUGACAAAUUUAAAAUAAAAUAAGAUUGUUAAUAAAAUAGCUUGCCAUGAUCUUAUGUUGUUCCGUAAGUGCUAAAUCACAUUGGAACAUUUUAUUUUUAACAUACUUAAUUAUUAUCAUAUUUGACAUGGCUAAGCUUUUUAUUACAAACCUUUUUUUUAAAUGUUAAUCUCUAUCAUUAUAAUAAGAAACCUAGUGGUUAUCUUGAGUUUAUAGUAGGUAUUGAAUAUGUAUCUACCUACUAUAAUUAGAAUAUAAAUUACAAAUAUGAUUUUAAGUUAUGAUUAAAUUUAAACUAAUUACUUUUACCUUUAAGUAAUAAGUUUUAAACUACAUGGGUAAUAUUUUGCUGUCGUAGAAUAGGCCCAGAGAUCACAAGAAGUGGAUAGAUAAUGGCGGGAAUCUUGUAUCGCAACGGAAUCCACGUGAUAAUGUAGGUAGAUGAUAAAACCAACAAUCUCAAAGACAACGAUUAUGGGGUCUAUCAGAGACAUAGACAAAGUUAGUAAAAACUACCAAUCACUUCUAAGUUGUUAAAAUUAAUGCCAGUCAGGUAGGUAUCGAGAUAAGGUACUCUUAGUAAAUCAAGUAUCGUACCGGGUUAGUUCGGGUUACUUUGACCAUGCGGGGUAACUUUGAUCCAAACCCUUUAACCAAUAAUAACUGAGAACCAAACAU